UCGUUUCCAAAGAUUUAACUAGUGCAUGAAUAUUAAUCGCGCAUGCGCGGGGUGUUCACACGAUAUCGAUCGCAAGCAUGGCGGACGCCGGGUUUUUUCGGGGUACCAGUUACGAUCAGGAUAAUCGGUUUGCGAACAAACAGAAGAAGCUGAUGAAAAACAUGAAGUUUGCACCAGUACUGGAGAAAAAGGUUAGCACCAGCAAGAUCAAUAUGGACACUCUCAAACCCUGGAUCACUCAGAAAGUCACCGAGAUGCUUGGAAUUGAAGAUGAUGUCCUCAUUGAGUUCAUCUAUAAUCAGCUGGAAGAAGAGAAUCCAAAUCCCAAGACGAUGCAGAUCAACUUGACAGGAUUUCUCAAUGCCAAGAACGCAAUGAGGUUUAUGUCGGAGCUGUGGGAGCUGCUUACCAGUGCUCAGGAAAACAUCGCAGGAAUCCCAGCUGCCUUCCUGGAACAGAAGAAAGAAGAGAUCAAGAAGAGACAGAUGGAACAAGAGCGCAUCCAGACUGGACUCAAGCAGCUGCAAGAAAAAGAGGAAAAGAAGGAGUCGUCAAGGAGUCGCCAUGGCAGUGAUGUGGAAGAAGAUGGAGACAAGGAACGCAAGGAAAAGAAGACUCGAGAACGUCAUGACAGCGAUGGAGUAAAUGGAGGAGGUGAUCGGGCCAGGGAUGGAUCCAUAACACCAGAAAAGAAGAUUCAUGCACGACCUGGCAAGUGGGAUUGGGAACCUCAUAAGUCACCGCAGAGGAGGGACAGUCGUCAGUCUCGCUCACGUUCUGGAUCACGCAGCGGGUCAGAGUCUCCCAAGACCAAACCCAAGACUGAAGAUGACAAACCUUCCUCUCCAUCACCAAAGGAGGAGGAGGAUGUGAAGCCUGAUGUGGUCAAAGAAGAGAAACCUGAGGAUAAAGCAUCUGAAAGUGAAGAUGUUGCAAAGAAAGAAGAAGAGGUGAAGAAAAAAUCCAGGCGUCGGCAUGAAUCUUCAAGCUCAUCAUCAAGUGACAGCUCACGAUCUAGGAGCAGGAGUCGAUCUCGGUCCAAAGACAGAGACCGACGCAAAAAGAGAUCUCGCUCUAGAUCUGUCAAGAGAAAAAAGACUAGACAUCGUUCUCGCAGUCCUCGUAGGUCAAGAUCACGGUCUCCACGGCGACGAUCAUCACCUCGUCGUCGAUCACCAGCCCGUAGACGAUCAAGAUCACCUUACUACUCCAGACGCAGACGAAGCCCAUCUCCAAGAUACAGAUCAAGGUCUUCUCCUAGGCGGAGAUCAAGAUCACCACGAAGACGCAGUCCCUCACCACGGCGACGUCGUCCAUCCCCAAGGAGGAGGAGUCGAUCACCAAGGAGACGCAGCCCUUCACCGAGGAGACGGACAGAGAGAAGGCGCUCUCCAAAGAGAAGCCCGUCACCCAAAAAAUCCCGCCGUGCUCGGCGAGACUCAUCCAGCUCAGAAUAUUCCUCCAGCUCCUCUGGCUCCUCACACUCACCAUCACCUUCCCCUGUCAAGAAGAAACCCACCAAGACUAAGGAAAAGAAGUCCCCCUCCCCUUCCCCUGUCAAGAAACCCGAGGUAAAAUCUCCUGGAUCUGAGUCAUCAAGUGAAGAUGAUGACAAAUCUCAGAGCGGUGGGGAUAGUGAUGGAUCAGCAUCACCUCCUCCUUCUCACUUUAAAUCAAAGGAAAAGAAGAAAGAGAAGACUAAUGAGGCAGCCAAGGGGAAAGACAAAUCGGACGCCUCUCCCGACAAGACCCAAGAGUCCAAGCCUCUGGUUAAGAAGAACCGAUUCCCACAGCGCCACUAUCGACGCCACUCCUCCACUGACUCCUCCUCUGACUCUGAUAGUGACAAGGAGCAGCCAAAAACUGGAGGCAGGAGACGCAGUCGCUCAGACUCCAGGUCACCGAAGAAAAGGCGUCGGAGCAUUUCACCCAGACGAAGAAGGUCUCCAUCACCUUACAGACCACCUCGUCGAUAUCGAUCACCAUCCCCACCCCGCAGACGUUACCGUUCCCCUAGCCCUUACAGACGUCGUAGAUCCCCAACACCUCCACGUAGACGCACCCCUCCUCGUAGACGCAGAUCACCCUCCCCAGCAUACCGAAGGCGGAGCCCUACACCUGACAGACGCAAAAGCCACAGAAGCCCAACUCCCAAAAAGAAGUCAAGAUCUCGGCGCAGCUCAAGUCCUUCAGACAGACGAAGGAGGCCCUCUUCUCCUGAUAAAAAAGUCAGUCCCUCACCAACCCCAAAGAGCAAGAAGAAAGCAGCUGUUGAAACCCCACCAGGCAAGACUAGAGUCAAGCACCGUAGUCCAUCAGUUUCCAGUGACAGUUCACCUGAGAGUGAUAGGAGUCCUUCACCAGAACGGCCAACUAAAAGAGCCAAAAGCCCUACCGAGAAGCGCAGGAGAAGUCGUACCCCUGAAAAGCGCAGAAGAAGUCUAGAGACUAAGCGCCGCAGAAGUCCAACUCCAGAGAAACGCAGACAGAUCUCAGAUAGACUCAAGAGAAGCCCAACACCUGAAAAGCGAAAGAAGAGCCCGUCUCCUGAGAAACGUAGACGUAGCCCCACACCAGAGAAACGCAGACGAAGCUUAACACCAGAGAAACGUCGUCGUAGUGCCACUCCAGAGAAACGUCAUCGUAGCCCCAUCCCAGAUAAGCGUAGAAGCAGCCCUACUACUGAAAAACGUAGACGCAGUCUCACACCAGAAAAACGUAGACGUAGCCCAACUCCAGAGAAACGUAGACGAAGUCCCAGUCCAGAUGAACGCAGAAGCAGGACCCCAGAAAAGCAUGGAAAGAGCCCCCGUGUAGACAAACGCAGGCUCAGCCCAACCCCAGACAAACAGCGUAAGCGGCCUCCACCAGAGGUGCGAAAACGUAGUCCGACCCCAGACAAGGACAAUGACAGUCCUAGACCCCACCCAGCUGGGAAGUGGUACAGUCCUAGUGACAAGCGAGCAGAGAAGAAGAGAGACCAGUCAUCAUCGGACGAAAGAUCACCCUCCCCUGAAAGGAAGACGUCACACUCAGAGAAGCGUAAACCUCCAGCAAGGGGUCAUGCCUCGCCAUCACCAGCUCCCAGGAAGCGCAGCCGCUCACCAAGUCCAAAACCUCAGAAGAUUUCCAACAAGAAAUCAAGAUCUCGAUCAUCAUCUGGGAGCCCUGAACCAACUCCUGUGAAAGCCAAGAGGAACAUUGAUGGAAGCGAUUCUGCCAAGGGCUCGGACUCUGAUGUCAAAGAUGCAAAGAAGAAAGACAAGAAGAAACACAAAAAGCACAAGAAACAUAAGAAGCACAAGAAACACAAGAAACAGAAGAAGGACCAAGAUGCUGCCGAGGAUUCUGACAGCGAGGGGGAGAAGAUGGAGAAAGAGUUACGAGAGAAAGCUCUUCGUUCCCUCAAACGUACCCAGUCCACAGAGGAUGCAUGAGUUGGUCAAAAGGUUCAAAUAUGUACAUAAUUCAUUUUUAAAGUCCAGUUCACUGUUUGUCAAAAUAUUUUCAGUUCGAUUCUUUUUUUUAGACAGUUUUUUCAGUAGACAAUUUUUUUUGCUGUAGAAAUUAAGGUAGAAGAUAAUUUGCAUAGUUUUCAAUGAACAAGUUUAAUAGUGUUUUAAACAGAAGUGUGUAUUCCAUUUUUAUCCAUCAGCAAAUAUCAAAGCCAAAUGAGGAAUGUGUGAUUGGAAGUAUAAUUGUAAUGUUUCUUUUUAUUCCCACGCUUGGGAUUUGAUUAGGUCAGGUGUUCAAAAGUUAACGAAGACUAGUUAGAUAGCCAGUCACUAUCUGCAGGUGAGUUUAAAUUGAAUUAGAGAUGCUGAAUUAAUAGUCAAUCAAGCUGUGUUGAGUGACUGGAUGAUUAAGAGGAGAAAAAAAAUCACUUUUCAAUAAGAUGUUAUUAACAAAUCGUGAAAAAGUACUUGUUAAAAAAAAGGAAACUCUUUUGUUAGUACAUGUAUUCUGACAUUUCAUCAUUAUAGCGUUGGUUUUAUUUGUUUGGGAGCUCCUGUGUAAUACAUAUUCAAUGAAACAAAUUUUGAGAAAUUUGGGGGUUCUCAUGUACGUGUAACUUAUGGUGCAGUUGAGGAUGGCAAAGCAUGUAUGCAAAUUACGUUGACAUCGGAGUUAGUUUCCACAAAAAUCAUGCCUCUAGCUCUGUAGCAGCACCUCGAGUUUGUAAAAGUGGAUACAACACACAUGUAUGUACUGAUCCGAAAACUUCUUUUUCUCAAUGUGCUCGUUUAAAAAAAAAAAAUUCUCUCAAAUUCUAAACUAAUAUAGAGAUAAGUAGAAAAGUCUUUUUCUUGCUCAUAUGUAGAAUUGUUCACAAGCAGGAAUGAAUCCUAGCUAUCUUCUCCCACUGAUAAGCUGCAAGUUGCCAUGAUAUACAUGUACUGUAGCAGUACGAAGACAAGGAACACAUUUCAGGUGACUAUUCUUAAAAAUAAAGCUGUUCAUUUCAUAUAUUAAAUAAAUUACAUGUCAAUUA